GCCGGUUGGUGAGAGAGAGAGAAGCAGGCGGGGGAGCGCGAGCCAGCAAGCGGAGAGAGAAGACCCGGUAGAGCGCGAGGAGGGAGAGAGAGAGAGUGAGCGAGAGAGAUCGAGAGUGAACGAGAAGAGAGAGAGCGACGACCGUCAGGGUCCGCGUGCCUAACGGACGGACGACACGGAGAGGGGGAGGACUGAGUGAGCAAGUGAUUGUCCAACACACAGACGGACAGAGUGAAUGAAGCUGCACCUGGUGCUUCUGAGGGACUCACCCAUGUUUUGAUUUGCUCCAUUUUGACUUUUUAAACGUGGUUUCACCGAGCCUCACAGCUAUGCCGUCCAACAGUCCUGCAGCCGCCGAACCGCCGGAGACACCAGAGAACAACAUCACCAAAGAUGUGGGUGAAGAUGGAGCAGACCGUGACAGUCCAGAGGAGGGGACACCAGCGAGCCCCCGCGCCAAACGCAGAGUGGGUCGUCCUGGCAGGAAACGCAAACAGCUGCUUCCUGAGAUGGCGACCUCUGACCCCAUUGCAAACGCCCCCCCCACCCCGCCUGAGGAGUCGGAGGCCUCCCCCUCCCGUCGCAAGAAGCGCGGGCGUCGGAAACUAGAGCAAACCGAGAAGAAUAAGGACGAGCCAGACGACAGAAACUGCGACUCCCCCAGAGAGGGUGAGGCUGGCAGGCUGCGGAGGAGGCCAGUCCCCAGAGUGACUUUCCAGGCUGGAGAUCCGUACUACAUCAGCAGGAGACAGAGAGAAGAAUGGCUCAGCCGCUGGAAGAUGGAGGUGGGAGAGAAACAGAAACUCUGUCUGUGUGAAUUUAUAGCUGCAGUAACAUGGAGGCUUUCUGUUCUUCGGAGCCCGAUAAGAAUACAACGCCUCAAGUUAACACAUUAAUCAGAAUAAACUGGGAUGCAUUGAAAAGGAUGAUAUCAACUUUUUAUAUAACGUUUUUGAAAGAAUACCGUCUAACACUCUGGAUUACUUUUGGAAUAUCUUUGUUUCUAUCUAUUAAGUUGGAUCUGUAGCUUUGUAUUGUAAAGCAACCAACAUGCAGUAGAAGUCAGCUUUUGUUUUUGCUCUGUGUAGUACUGAGUAGUCAAGUAAAGGGGAAAUCAACCUUCACAACAGACGUGCACUGUGCUUAUUGUUAUUAUAUCAUUUCAUGUGUCAGGGAACUCGAUAUAUGCUGUUUGUUUUUUUGUUAAAUGUUCAUUUUACUCAAAUAAAAUGAGAGAGCAGUCAUACAAAUUAA